AUGAAGUUCUUCGCCACCGUCGCUCUCCUAGCUACUGCUGUGGCUGCCGCCCCAUCUGAGAAGCUCUUCAACUUGAAGACCUCCGGUGCUAGCAACAGCUCCCACAAUGACCUGUACCUCUCCGUUGGUCACGGUCUGAUCAGCGAUCCGCUCAACAGCGAAGCUGUCUUCACCGGAGCCCCCAACCGUGCUGCCGCCUUCUCUUUCGUCAACGGCACCAUCCUAUUGGAGACCGAUAACAACUCCCCCUGGGCCCUGGACUUGAUCAACGUGAUUGGUGUCCGCAAGGAGCGCGCCCAGAUCAGUGUCAAGCCCACUCACGGCUCCAAGGGCUUCACCAUCGGUCGCCACGGCGUCGAGGGACCAAGUCAGACCUGGGACGGAUGGCUGUGGUGCCCUGCUGAUACCAAGGCUGGCCAAUUCCUCCCCAACUUGCACUUCCUCAGCAAGACUAUGCUGGUGCCUGAGCUCCCGGCUGGUUGUGACAAGAUCGAGCUUCAUCCUGUCCCCAAGAGCUCUGCUUAG